GGAUUAAGAUCCAUUUCGAAAUGUAAAAUGCUAGUAAUAAAUAAGAAAUCUAAGAAAACUACAACCUGCCAUAAGAGUUAGCGUUUCUCAAACAUGGCCUGCACACAAUUGUCCUUUAGGAGCUUCCGUAGUUUAGUCACAUGAAUGCGUGAAGAUUGUUGUGAUGAGCAUCUUAUAGGAAAACGUAAACUAGACUGUGGCUAAUAUUACAAACAUCUGUGUACACGAACAUUUUAAAAUAUGUUUUCCAUAUCCUAAUGUACACUGUACUGAUAAAUCAACGAAAUUUAACAAAAGCCACCGCUGACCGUUGGUAGGUGUGUAGCUAGCUCUUGUUUACAGGGUGAUACUGUGUUUCAGAUGUCAUAAGCUCCACAGCCUUCGAAAAUCGGAGGCCGACCAGUUAUCUUUUUGGCAUAAGUCAGAUAAACGCAGCUCACUGAAUGACCGUGUUGGGAAUUUUGGGGGAAAUCGACCCAUUUUGCUGUUGUUCAUCUGGCUCGGCGCUGUGUUCGCGUCUAACUUCAGAAUAGUGCAGGUAGAAACGACAGACAUGCUGCGAUGGAUCAUGGGCGGGCGCGGGUCGCAAGGCACGAUCGAGAAGAGCGCGGCGCUGUGCAUCGGCGAGGAACAACCGAAAAACUGUUUCACGGAGUUGCAGGUGCUGAAAGGACAUUUUGACAUUGUUCGAUUUCUGGUGCAGAUUGAUGACUUCAGGUUUGCAUCUGCUGGGGAUGAUGGGAUGGUGCUUGUGUGGAACGUUGAGACUGGAGAGCGGUUGGUGGAGUUACGAGGUCACACUCAACAGAUUACGGCUAUGACAACUUACACUUUCAUCAAAGGAGAAAGACCUCACACAGCACUUAUAACAGCAUCAUCCGACCGCACGCUGAGUUUGUGGGACCCAGACAGUGGAAACAGAUUGCAAACUGUGUCUGAUCUACACUCAUCUGUUAAGUGUUUGUUGGUGCUGGAUCAUUUGGAUGUGUGGCUCUCAGGCGGUAAUGAGCUCUGUGUGUGGAACCGAGACUUUCAGCUGAAGUGUAAAACUGUGCAUCACAGAGAUGCAGGUAUCACUGCAAUGGUGGACUUGCCCAAAAACUGCGUCGCUGCUUCCAUGGACAAAGAGAUCAUGAUUUUUAAGUUAAACCUCUCUGAAGCGGAGAUGUCAAUCCUGGCCAUUCACCACCUUGCUGACCAUCAGGAUACAAUCCGAUCGCUAAUCAACAUCAACAAUGAACUGUUUGCUAGUGGUUCUCACAUUGGAGAGCUCAUUCUCUGGGAUACAGUUAAUUGGACAAUUCAGGCCUAUGAGCACAUUUUGUGGGAGGAGCCAGCAGGAGAUGGCCAAUCGGAGGUUAGAAUUGGCCAGCAGAAGCAAAGUGAGAUGUCCAUUCAGCACAUGUACUCAGAUGGAGAGCUUAUCACUGCAGCAGUCGGUAGUGGUUUGUAUGUGUAUAAUGCAGUGAUGAAGAGCAUUGUGGCUUAUAGGAAGGUCGCCCAUGACUCUGACAUUCUGCAUACAGAGCUACUGGACAAUGGGCGGGUGAUGUCGUGCUCUGAGGAUGGCAGUAUUAGGAUCUGGGAGUUACAGGACCUCCCUCUAGCUGCAGAGCCCGCCUCCACAGGUUUUUUUGGAAUGUUUGGCACUUUUGGGAGAUCUGGGAAACAGGCUGGUGCUCCUACAAAGAAGCUUCUGGAAGUUCCUGGACUCCGUUCCUUGGAGCUUAUCGGUGAUUUGAUUGGUCACUCUGGAGCAGUGCAGAUGUUUGUGAGUUUCGGGGUGAAGGGUCUGGUCACCUGCUCAGCGGAUCAUCUGCUCAUCGUGUGGAAGGAUGGCAAGAGGGAGUCACAGCUGCGCAGCCUGGCGCUCUUCCAAAAGCUGGAGCAGAGCGGAGGAUUGUGAGCUCGCCCGCCAGCCCUCCUGGAAUGCCUAUCACGCCCGUCUGUCUCCUGGAGGGACAAGUAAGCAUGAAGCUGAUUUCCAAAGUGCAGCAAGACAUGAGGUGCUUUGGUAUUUUAUUAUAAAAAACAAAAAAAAACCCAAAAAACUUAAAACACUCCUCCAGAGUGAAAAACAUGUAUCCUAUUAACAACAGUGGAAAAAUACCACACAAUGCCUUGUGGCUCGCUUUAAUGUUGGCACUCAGUGCUGUUUAAAUCUUGGUGAAUAAGAGCAUGGAUAUUGCCUCACAUACUCUCUGUAACUGUAGAGACAAUCUACAUGAAGCCUUUGCUUUAAGUGUGGUCAUUCACAAGCCUUGAAUACCAAAUGUCUUUGGUUGGCUCUGUUACUCUGAGGUGGACUAAGGUCAGUGCUGUAACCAUGACAUGGUCCAUGGUCAGUGCUGUUAGUCCGAGAUGGUCCAGGGUCACUGCAACUCUGUGGUGGUACUGAUACUCUGGUCAUGAAUUCAGUGAGACACUCAUGCCUUAUACAUAAUCAGUGUUUACCUCUCUAUAACACUCAAGUUUAUUAACAAAGUCCAGUAUUUUGAAAUUGGAAAGUGUGGUAUAUGUGUUCUUAAGCAUGAUUUGUAAAAUAUUUUAUAUAAACUUUUAAUUUCUAGUUAAAUGGAUACACAUAAUUGUGCGCUCAAAUGAAUUAUUGAUGUGUUGGUAUAAAUUGGUGAGGAAAUGAAGAAUCAAUGUGUGAUUAAACAUUUGCAUUUUCCCAAUAUUUUAAAAGUAAUAUUUUACUUUAACAUUUAUUUUAAGCUUUUAUUUUUAUUACCAGUGUAAACUGCCAUUAAAGCUUGCUUUGGGAGGAGCACAUGGGAAAACGG